CUAAACCUUCAGACUUAUUUUUCGCGACUAUUUUCUUAGCGGUUGGCUUACUUUUUGACUUAUGAACUGAUCUUAAUUGCUUAGAUUCAAAGCAAAAGCAAAAGCAAUGAGUGAUAUCCAGAAGGCAUUACUCAGGCGAAUUAAGCAGCAGGAGGCCGCUAUGGGACUCUCUGUUCUUUCUGAAGAAUCUGAGUCAUCAGUACUGCCACUGCCACUGCCACAACCAAAAUCUCAAUCGGCUAAUCCCCAGACUCAUACAGAAGACGAGCCUAUAAUAACGAAUUAUCAUAAAUUUAAGGCAACUUUCUUUGACUGUUCUGAAACUUUUAUUCAUGAAGGUGUAUCCCUUCAAGCAUAUAUUAAAUUACCAAAAACAAAGGAUACUCAAAUAUUUGUAUUAGUACAUGGAGCUGGUUCAUCUUCAAUGACAUUUGCUCAAUUAGCCAGUAAUUUAAUAAAGGAAGACAGUAAUGUUGGUAUAUUUAUAUUUGAUUUAAGAGGUCAUGGAGACUCUUCAUCAACUACGGAUUUUUCUUUACUGUCAUUAGUAGAAGAUUGUUCAUUUAUUAUUCAUAAAUUUAUUGAAAAAUAUGAUUUAUCAUCUAAUUCAUUAUAUUUUGUAGGUCAUUCCUUAGGUGGAGCUGUUAUAGCAAAUUUUCUUAAACAACCAAUAACAGAUUUAAAUAUUAGAGGUGAAGUUAUACUAGAUAUAGUUGAAGAAACUGCUGUUAAAUCUUUAAGUUCUAUGCCUAAUUUUAUUGAGAAUAGACCUAAAUCUUUUAAUUCUAUAACUAAAGCUAUUGAUUGGCAUAUGAACUUUUUAUUAUUUAAUCAAGAAUCAGCAAAUUUAAGUAUUCCUGAUCUUCUCGAUACUAAUUUACAUUGGAAAACAGAUCUUUCAUUAACUCAACCAGCAUGGGAUACUUGGUUUACUGGGUUAUCACAAAGUUUUUUAACAUUUAAAGGUCCUAAAUUAUUAUUACUUUCAGCUCAUGAAACAUUAGAUAAAAAUUUAAUUAUAGGUCAAAUGCAAGGUAAAUAUCAAUUGGUGGUAUUUAAUAAUAAUCAUAAUUCUGGUCACUUUAUUCAUGAAGAUUUACCUCAUCAAGUGGCAGUAUGUUUAUUGGAUUUUGUUAAGAGGAAUGAAAAUCCUGAUAAAUUUAUGAAAGAUGAAUUAGGAAUUGUUCCUAAAUGGGGUGGGAAAAUAAAUAAGUAAUUAAUUAAAUCAUUAAAUUAGAAAUAUAUAUUAAAAGUUGGAUAUUUC